UUCAAUAUUUUACUAUUAAAAUUUGUGUUUUUCAUCAAAAAAAUAAUAUUUAAAACGAUUUUAAAAAAUUAUAUUGAAAAAUGCCAAAAGUAGUUUCCAGAAGUAUUAUUUGCUCAGAUUCUAAAGAUCAAGAAGUAUACAAUGAAGAGAAACCAUUAAACAUUUAUUAUUGUUUAUGCGGAAAAUUAUCUCUUAUUUUAGAUUGUCCAAUAGAAAAAUUACCACUAAGAAAAAGGGAUGGUGCAAGAGUUAUCGAUGGUAAUUUGCGUGCUCACAAAUUAACAUUUAAUGUUGGAGAAACAGUUCACAUAGAGCGUGAUUGUGGUAUUGAAAGGCAAUAUAGGCUAAAUUGCAAAGAAUGUGGUUUACCCGUUUACUAUAGACAUACACCUGAAUCUAAUGUUACAUUUAUAAUAAAUAAAGCAUUAGUUAGACGAAAAAAUGAAAAGAAAAUUACUUUGGGUGCUGGUUUAAAUAAUCUUAAGGAAGAUUUUGUUGGUCAAGUUCUAGCUGCUAAUCAACCACAAAAAGUUAUGGUUACAAGACAUACAAAAAAUAUGGGUAAAUUUAGUUCCGUUACUGUAUCAACAAUUGAUGAAGAAGAAGAUGAAAUUGAAGCUAGAGAAAUCGCUGAUAGUUAUGCUAAUAAUGCUAGAAUAAUAGAAAAACAAUUAAUGAGAAAAGGAAGUAAAUUAUCAGAUUUGAGUUCAAGACAAAAAGAUGAUGCAACAGCUGCAAAACGACCAAGAGGAACAUUAAUUGAUAUUUAAUUUAACAAAAUGUUAUUUGAAAUUAGUAAUAGAUGACUAAGUAAAUUUAUAAAUAAAAAUA